GAUUCUGAAUUUUAUUUGUGUCGUAGGAGCAAUUUGUGACAAACUGUUUGGAUUGAUGAGAUCGGAAUAUUCGGAGCAAGGCGGGGAGCGGUACACUUCCAGGAUAACGGCGGUAGGAGGACAACAGUCGAACUUCAAAAUGUUCACCAGAUUCGACGCCAACAAAUCAACCAAAGGAGCCUCCAAGCUGCGCCGGGAUCUGAUCAACUCGGAGAUUGCCAACCUGCGGGAUCUGCUGCCACUGCCCCAGUCCACCCGACAGCGACUGUCCCAGCUGCAGCUGAUGGCACUGGUUUGUGUCUACGUGCGGAAGGCUAAUUACUUUCAGCAAGCGCUCAAACGCAGCAUUGACAUUGGACUGCAUACAGCUCCCACGCCAAAUAUAGGAUUCUCCAAGGCCAUGUCCGGUUUCUUGAUGAUGCUCACGCAGAAUGGGAAACUGCUCUACAUCUCCGAUAAUGCCGCCGAGUACCUGGGACAUUCGAUGGAAGAUCUCCUGAUACACGGCGACUCGGUGUACGACAUCAUCGACAAGCAGGACCACGGUGCCAUCCAGGCCGAGCUGGGCCGGGGAGUCCCGCAGCAUCAAACCAAUCACCACAGCCACCACGGGCACGGGAGUUCUUCCCAGCUGGACGGUGAGCAGCGGAUAUUCCUCUGCCGAAUGAACGUCAGCCGGAAUGCCCGGCGACAGAUGCGAUUCGGCGAUCAAAAGGUCGUCCUGGUGCAGGGACACUACCUCUCGUACCUUCCACUGUGCAGCCGAAACGAGCCGGUAUUCAUUGCAACGUGCACUCCGAUCGCCAUGCCCGAGACGCGCGAAUGCGUCGUCCAGGGAGCGACCACCGUCUUCACCACGAUCCACUCGAUGGACAUGAAGAUUGUGCAUAUAGAUAAAAACGGAGAAUUCCAUCUGGGCUACAAUCGCAGCGAAUUGCAGGGCAUUUCAUGGUACCAGUUGCUGCACUGGGAGUCGACGCGGGAGGCACAAAGCAAACACCGACUGAUUACCCAAUCCGAACAGGACCGUUCGUGCAUUCUGCUGGUUCGGAUGCAGCGACGGCAGAACGACUUCAUCUGGGUCCACGUGGUGCUGCAGGUCCGCGACGGUCAGGACUCGAACCAACAGUCGGUGAUCGUGUGCACGAACCAAGUGUUGAGCGAUCGCGAAGCAGCGGUAAUGUUGUCCAACUCCUGGCUGUACCACUACUAUACCGUCCAGUCCAAGAUGCAGUUCGGUAUUCCCUUUGAGGGAGCCACCCGAAUUCCGCCGAACACAUCCUACUACCACGGCCACGGGCAUCACUCUCCCAACUCGACCCUGCAAGCCCACGGCUACAUCGCUCCUCCACAUCACGUAUCCUACGGAUAUCACUCGCCUGUGGGGCAAUCCGGUGCGACCAGCGGAGCAACGCACCACCACAAUGGAACCUCCUCCUCAAUCAUCAGUCAUCAUCAUGGCCUAGCGGGAGAACACUACCGUCCGUAUGCCUACCGGCUCGAGACACAACCUGUAGACUACAGCAGUCAAACCCCUCAACCGUCGAUGAUUCCCGGUCAGAUCCGAUGCGAAAGCACCGGUAGUAGUCAAAGCAAUCAAACCAAUGGUGGUCCCGAUCGGAACGGGACACCCCCAACCAAAAAGCGAGCCGUCGGUCGGCUAGAACACCUCUACAUCCCAGAAAAUGGACACAACUCCCCCGAGGAUUCCAUAACGGAACUUCAACCGCCACCGCACAUCAUCAAUCAAGAGCAUCACGAUAAUAGCAACAACAAUACAGCAGGUAUAGCAGGAGGAGGCAUCGGGUCAAUCAUCGGAUCCGGUGGAGUUCAAACCAUGACUCUGUCUACCUCACUGCACAUGCGAAGCAGUCGCAUCAUCAAAGCCCCUCCCUCGACCACCAUCAACGAGCCGACUGACUUCAUCGACCAGUGGAACCCAAGUCCUCCCUGGUCCGACACUACCGUUCAAAAGGUCCCGGACAUUUCACACCAGGAACUAAGUCCCUACAUGACCACCACUCCGCCGACACCUACCAGUGCGCCCCACGUCGCCGGAGUUCCCACGACCUUCUCUUUCGACUGGAUGCCGGAGCAGUUCGUUCCCAUCAUGACCGACUGUCCGCCUUAUCCACCACCUCCAUCUGGCUGUGUCCACCCAUGCACACUGACCCAGGAUGGAAUCCCAGUGCCAAUGUCCCUUCCAAUGCCAGUGCCGCUGCAAAUCCCUCCUCCACCUUGGCCAUCGGAUCAUCGUCUUCUAUCGCUGGAAGGCAAUGGAUCCUCUUCAACACCUUCGACGCUAAUCGAUCGAAAACCUCCGGAAGAUCCACAGCAACAACAACAACAACAGCAGCAGCAGCAGCAUCAUCAUCACCACCAUCCGCACCAACAAGCAGGUCCGUCUUCCUCCUCGUCAACCGGAUUGGACAGCCAUCGGGAACUGAAACGAUCUCACUGAAAAGUUUAAACAGUAUUUUUGUUGUUCAUAAUGUAUCGCAAAAAUUCCAGUAUCACAGUAUCAGUAUUUCAUUAUUCCUAUUAAGGUACAAAUCAUCCCCUUGUAGAUUAGUGGCAGAGGCUGUACGCCUAGUGGAAUGUUGUUUUUAGUGUAAAUUGUAAGCGAAUUAUCCUUUUUUCUUGUGUGUAGAAACGAUGUACUUCCGUCCAUAGUUGCAAUGUUAAUUGUGCAAUCUCUUAAGUAGUAAUUGAUAAACGAAAUCCUUAAUUUAUCCAUCAUGUGACCGGUGGAUAAUGACGUUAAACGUGCAUUUCUUCUUCCAACUACGAUUCCUUUGCUAGUGCGUAUUUAUUUACCAACAGUAUUUUUAUUUAUUUAU